GUAUCAAACAUCCUCGCUAUGAAACUCCUCGUGUUGAUCGCGCUGUUCUCCCCGCUGGUGCUCUGCUACGACACCAAAUACGACUCCAUCGACGUGGACAAGGUGCUGGCUGACGAGGCUCAGUUCACCGCCUACGUCAACUGCAUGCUUGACAAGGGACCGUGCACGGUGGAACACUCCGCUGAUUUCCGAAAGCUGCUUCCUGAAGUAGUCGCAACUGCCUGUGAGAAAUGCACAGAUCUUCAGAAGGCGAACAUGAGGAAGUCAGUCAAGGCUCUGCAGGAGAGGAAACCGACCGACUUCGCGGAAUUCAGGGCGAAGUACGACCCUAAAGGAGAAUAUGAACAUAAAUUCGCCGCUUUUAUAAUGGAGACCAAGUAAACUCAAAACAAUAAUGCACCGUCUGCUAUCUUCCUUAAGAACCCUGUAAAGAC